GGCCGCUGGGCAUUCUGGGAAGGAGAAGGGCGGAGCUGCCGCCAUUUCGUGUGAUCACUGAAGAGACAAGAUUGAGGAGAGGGCGCCGAACGGGCGACCACACGAAUCAUCCACCAUACCGGCCACAAGAGGAACGAGACCUUGGAGAAGAAGUAUGGGCUCGGAUAAGCGAGUAAGUCGCAGCGAGCGCAGUGGGCGGUACGGAUCGGCCUUUGACAGAGACGACCGCGACGAGCGAGUUCCCCGAAACAGACGCAGAGAAUCCAUCGAGUAUAAACGGUACCGAGAGGAUCGGGACGAUCGAUACGAUGACUACCGGGACUACGACAGCCCCGAGCGAGACAGAGAACGUGACCGCGAGAGAAGAAACAGUGACCGCUCUGAGGACGGCUACCAUUCGGAUGGUGAAUACCCAGACCAGGACUAUCGCAAUGAUUAUUACAUGGAUGAAAAGGAGAGCAAGACCAUCAUGCUGAGAGGCCUUCCCAUAAACAUCACUGAGAAUGACAUCCGAGAGGUGGUGGAGACCUUUGAAGGGCCACAGCCUGCUGACGUGAGGCUGAUGAAGCGUAAGACAGGUUUAAGCCGCGGUUUCGCCUUCGUGGAGUUUUAUCACUUGCAAGAUGCUACCAGCUGGAUGGAAGCCAAUCAGAAAAAGUUGGUGAUCCAAGGCAAGACCAUCGCCAUGCAUUACAGCAACCCCCGCCCCAAGUUUGAGGACUGGCUGUGCUACAAGUGUGGCCUGUACAACUUCCGACGAAGACUAAAAUGCUUCCGAUGUGGGGCAGCCAAGACCGGUGAGUGUUCAGAGACUGCCAGGGACCGUGUUCAGGGGGUCGGUAAAGAAUCGGAUGUGGAGGCCCCAGCUGGUACUUCUGAUGCUCCUCCGUCCGCUGAUUACUACAGCGACAGUGGCUAUGUAUCCUCAGCCAUAAUCCUCCGAAACAUUGGGCCACACACUGCGAUGGAAUCUAUCCUGGCUGCGCUGGCUCCGUACGUGUCUCUGGCAGUGAGCAAUAUCCGGUUGAUCAAAGACAAGCAGACCCAGCAGAACCGAGGCUUUGCUUUCGUGCAGCUGCCAUCUGCAUUGGAAGCCUCGCAGCUCCUGCAGAUUCUCCAGACCCUUCAGCCACCUCUCAAAAUUGAUGGGAAGACAAUCGGUGUGGAUUUUGCUAAAAGUGCCAGAAAGGAUCUUGUUCUGCCAGAUGGAAACCGGGUCAGCGCAUUCUCUGUAGCAAGCACAGCCAUUGCUGCCGCUCAGUGGUCAUCCACUCAGGCUCAGGGUGGGGACGGGGCAGAAUAUGGCUACUCGCAGCAAGGACAAGAAGGAUACUCUCAAUACGGACAAGAUUAUCAGCAAUAUUACCAAUCUCAGGGCGGAGCAGCUGAACCAGGAACAGCAACAGAGGGCGCCCCUGCCACCGCAACCACCAGUGCCGCUGUUGUAUGUCAGAGUCCCCAACUCUACCAGCAGCCCAGAUCUCCGACACAGCCCAGCACCAGUGCCUCAAGCAGUAGUGCGGCACCCGGUACUAGCACCCCAGAAGUUACUACACCUAAUCCCAUCAUUCCCGGCGUCAAAUAUGCUGUUCCUGACACUUCCACAUACCAGUAUGACGAAUCUUCCGGCUUCUACUACGACCCUCAGACUAGUCUGUACUACGACCCAAACUCUCAGUACUACUUCAACUCUGUGACACAGCAAUACCUGUACUGGGAUGGGGAGAAGCAGACCUAUCUGCCAGCUGCAGACUCGGCUACAGGGGGAGCACAGCCCAACGGCCCUAACGCGUCCAAGGAGGGCAAAGAGAAGAAAGAGAAACCAAAGAGCAAGACGGCCCAGCAGAUUGCUAAAGACAUGGAGCGGUGGGCAAAGAGCUUGAACAAACAAAAGGAGAACUUUAAAAAUAGCUUCCAGCCUCUAAACGCACGUGACGAGGAUCGCAGAGAGUCCGCAGCCGCUGACGCCGGAUUCGCUUUGUUUGAGAAGAAGCAAGGAGCCUUACUGGAGAGGCAGUUCAUGCCUGACAUAUUGAUGAUGAUGAACGCCGAGGAAGAGAAGCCACCCAAGAUGGCCCUGGUUGCAGCUUACAGCGGUGACAGCGACAAUGAAGAGGAGUUCGAGCGGCCUCUGGGAAUAAUCGAUGAAGAUAAAUUAACAGAUUGGAAGAAAUUGGCCUGUUUACUGUGCCGGAGGCAAUUCCCUAACAAAGAUGCUCUUGGCAGGCACCAGCAGUUGUCAGAUCUGCACAAGCAAAACCUGGAAGUGUACAGAAGAGCCAAAUUGUCCGAACAGGAUCUGGAUGCGCUGGAGCAACGGGAAAGAGAGGCAAAAUACAGAGACCGGGCGGCAGAGAGGCGAGAAAAGUACGGCAUUCCCGAACCGCCAGAGCCGAAACGCAAGAAGGUGUUUGAUAACGCAGUACCUGUGAACUACGAGCAGCCAACCAAGGAUGGGAUUGACAACAGUAACAUUGGAAACAAAAUGCUCCAAGCCAUGGGCUGGAAGGAGGGCUGCGGCCUGGGCAGGAAGAGUCAGGGAAUUACAGCGCCUAUUCAGGCUCAGGUGCGGAUGAAGGGUGCCGGUCUGGGAGCAAAAGGAAGUUCCUAUGGAGCCAGCACAUCGGAUUCUUACAAGGAUGCCGUCAGGAAAGCAAUGUUUGCACGAUUUACAGAGAUGGACUGAGCAGUUGGUUGCAGUGUACAAAUUCAUCCCCAGGGGGGGGGGGGGGCAGAUCAGAGCUCUUCCUCGUCCUGUGUUGAGGUGAUGGGCAGAUGUUCUGCCCGGCAGGAAGAGGCUGCUGGCCUCCCGUGUAAAUAUGUAAAAUGAGAAUGUACAGUGUAAAUAUAUAUUUUGUGUUACGUUUCUAUGUUGUGCAGAAAGUGAGAGAG